AUGACGCCUUCACCUGCUCUCAAGCUCCUCGCGCUGUCCCUCCUCCCAGCCCUCGCCCGGACAGCGGCCACGAUAUCCUACGACAAUGUUGACAAGACUCACUACGACCCCCUCGACUACGUCGACCAGCUGAUCGGCUCCAGCAACGGGGGCAAUGUCUUCCCCGGCGCCACCGUGCCCUAUGGCAUGGCCAAGGCCGUCGCCGACACCACCAGCGGCAGCAACCAGGGCGGCUUCACCCUCGACGGCUCGCCCGUCUCCGGCUUCAGCGUCCUGCACGACUCCGGCACCGGCGGCUCGCCCUCCCUCGGCAACUUCCCGCUCUUCGCCUACGCCACCUGCCCCGACGACGACGUCAACCGCUGCGACUUUCCCAAGAAGACGCGCGCCCAGCACGGCACCUUCAAGAACGACACCGUCGUCGCCAAGCCGGGCUACUUUGGCAUCGCCCUCGACGCCGGGCCCAAGGUCGAGAUGACCGCGACGCACCACGCGGCGCUCUUCAAGUUCACCUUCCCGGGGGCCAAGGCGGGCGACAAGCCGCUGAUCCUGCAGGACCUGUCGGACCUGUCCAACUCGCGCCAGGACAACGGCACCGUCUCCGUGGACCCUUCCACGGGGCGCAUCCGCGGCGGCGCCGUCUUCGUGUCCAGCUUCUCCCAGGGCACCUACACGGCCUACUUCUGCACCGACUUCAAAGGGCCGCCGGUCGCCGACGCGGGCGUCUUCGUGGACAGCCGCGCCAGCACCGCCGUGCACAACCUGACCAUCUCGCGCUCCAUCAACGGCUACCCGCUGCCCGGCGGCGCCUUUGUGCGCUUCGCCGACGGCCGGACCCCCGUGUACGCGCGCGUCGGCGUCAGCUUCAUCAGCGAAUCGCAAGCCUGCGCCAGCGCGGAGCGGGAAAUCCCGAGCUUUGACUUUGACAGGCACGCGCGCGAGGCCCGGGACGCGUGGAAGGCCAAGCUCAUCAACAUCAAGGUCGACACCACCGGCGUCGACCCGUCCUACGUCAAGAACUUCUACUCGGGCGUGUACCGCACCAUGGUCAACCCGCAAAACUUUACCGGCGAGAACCCGCUGUGGAGUGACGGGGAGCCGUACUUUGACUCGUUCUACUGCAUCUGGGACCUGUUCCGGUCGCAGCUGCCGUUCCUGACCAUCCUGGACCCGGCGGCGGUCGCGCAGAUGGUGCGCUCGCUCAUCGCCACGUACGAGCACGACGGCUGGCUGCCGGACUGCCGGAUGAGCCUGAGCCGCGGGUACACGCAGGGCGGCUCCAACGCGGACAACGUGCUGGCCGACGCGUACCUCAAGGGCGUGACGGACGGCGUGGACUGGGACAAGGGCUACGCGGCGGUCAAGAAGGACGCCGAGGUCGAGCCGUUUGACUGGUGCUGCCACGGCCGCGGCGGCAUCGACUCUUGGGAUGCUCUCGGCUACAUCCCGGUGCAGGAUUUCGAUUACAAGGGGUUCGGGACGUUGACGAGGAGUCUGAGUCGCACGCUGGAGUACGCGUACAAUGACUUUGCGAUUGCGCAGAUGGCGGGGGGCAUGGGGAAGGAGCAGGAGAGGCAGCGGUUCUUGAGGGCGAGCGGGAAUUGGGAGAGCUUGUGGCGAGCGGAUCAGGGGUCCAAGUACGCCAACGGGACAGACACGGGCUUCACGGGGUUCUUCCAGCCAAAGUAUGCGAACGGCACCUGGGGAUACCAGGAUCCGCUCAAGUGCAGCAACCUGGACGACAAGAGCGUGUGCUCGCUGCAGAACAGCGGACCGGAGACGUUUGAGAGCAGUAUCUGGGAGUACGGGUUCUUCGUCCCCCACGACCAGGCCACCCUCAUCACCCUCCUCGGCGGCCCCGACGCCUUCCGCCGCCGCCUCGACUACCUGCACGACGCCGGCAUCACCUACAUCGGCAACGAGCCGGCCUUCCUCACCGUCUUCCAGUACCACUACGCCGGCCGGCCGGCCCUCUCCGCCGAGCGCGCCCACUUCUACAUCCCGCGCUUCUUCCAGCCCACGCCGCCCGGCCUCCCCGGCAACGACGACAGCGGCGCCAUGGGCUCCUUCCUCGCCUUUAGCAUGAUGGGCCUGUUCCCCAACCCGGGCCAGGACGUGUACCUCAUCACCCCGCCGUUCUUCUCGUCCGUGUCGAUAAAGCACCCGCUGACGGGGAAGACGGCGCGGGUGAGAAACGUCAACUUUGACGCGACGUAUGCGAGUAUCUACAUACAGAGCGCGACGCUGGAUGGGGAGCCGUAUACGAAGAAUUGGAUUGAUCACUCGUUUUUCACGGAGGGAAAGGAGCUGGUGCUGACGCUGGGGAGGAACGAGAGUAGCUGGGGGACGAAGGUGGCUGACUUGCCGCCGAGUCUGGGGAGCUAUGCGGGAUACAACCAGACGUACUCGAAGAGAUGGGCGGUUCCGAGCGGUGCGCUGCAGAUGUACUAG